AUGACGACCGCAGGAGAUCGUUUCGUGACACAACAUAGAUAUCAGAACUCGCAAAUUGAUCUAGACGAGCCCGACAUUCCGAAUGGACAAGGAUUUCGAGAGAGUUGCAAUCCCAGGCAGCCACAGCAGGCUACACUGAUGGAUUGGUGGCCUCCAGAUUUCCGUGAUCAGGAGGCUUCAGUUGAAAAUGGUUAUGUUCAAAAUAAUUAUAAUCGAGGCUAUCAAAAUCAUUUUCAAGGGCAGAUCCGACACCGGGAACGAUUUGGCGGCCAAAACCAAGCCCCUUUUCGUCCUCAACGACGACAACAACAGCAACGAUCAGGUAAUCAAUACCCGACACAGCAGCAGAGAGUGCCGCCGAAUAAUACGGUGACCUCGAAACCACCACUGACAAAAAGUUUCUUUAGACGUCAACGUCGAAAUAGAAAUAGAUUUCAAGCUGCUGAGGCUACGAAUGAAAACUUGCUGUUGGGCAAUAAUAGGUUUGCCACUCUAGCUGAAUUCGACGGUCAAAACGAUAACGACGUUGAUCGAAAUCAGGAGCAGACAACGGCAGCGAAUAUGCCCACAGUUUCUAGUCGUCCUGCUAGAAAGCAGAAAAAACAACCCCGUCAUUUGGUGGUGGAAGACGAAGACAAAGGACAGGAGCCCUUAUCGAAAGCGGUGCCCCUUUGCGAUAAUGAUAAAAAAUUCAAAAAUCGGCCUUAUUUAGAGCCCGUUCGUACCCGUGCUCAUUUGAAUACAUUAGCCGAACGAAAUAAGAACGCUGUUGCCCGACAUGUUAUUAGAUAUUGUGUUGAGGCAGCUCCGUUUUUUGACAAAUGGGUGUGUGACCAGUAUGAGUAUCAAGUCUGGCAAAAGUUUCAGAAGCUAGGUUCUGAUACCGAUUCGGAUCACGCUCAUUGGGCGCAGGAGAUCGUCAAGCGAACAAAGACGCGAGACUCCCGAAUCAAUAAAGAGUUUUGUGUCACUCAAAUGACCAGACUCCAAAAAAGUAUUCUGACCGCUAGCAACGAGGUGACUCGUUCGCAAGGCGAGUUAGCUGCAUUCGCACCAGCAAUGUUGCCUGCGCAAACGUCUCGAUCCUCGAGCGCCGAUGUUGCACAAUCGCAACCUGAGCAGACCGUCACAGGCCAGAUUUUGUUUGCUGACGAAAUUCUUCAUAAAUACAUCCAGGUUCAGACUCAUUAUGUAGCCAAGAAAUGUGCUACUCGUGUCGCGAUUGCAGUGGCUGAACAAGCUGAAUACACAGCCCUGCAAUUGUUUGAGAAUCGGACAACCGCACAUCAAAAGACGCAUGCUGCUGUGUUGAAAGCGAAAUUCGAAGUCCUUCGUAUGAAAUCUUGGUUUUCCACACACCUGGUUUGCAGGAAUUUUAAUGGAAUUUUCAUAUGCAUUUCACCUGAUUAUAAACUCUUUCAGUUGUUCAAAUCUUUUUUUACCUCUGUUCUGGCUAUUAUAGUCGGGGAGAAAAAUUAUAAAUAAAGGUGAACCUAUAAUUUUGGCUAGUACCGUAUUUAACGAAUACAUUAAACAAAAUUCAGUUUCCCAAUUUCGUUCACCACACAAUUUUCUGAAACUGCCCCCGAUAUUUAUACGACGAGUAAAAUUGGGUGAGAGUGUUGAUGAUGGGUGUUUGCGUUUUGUUUAGAUUUCCUUAAAUAUAUAGGCUGUCGAAUAUGUCGUUUUUUAUAAGUGUUUUUCAACAUGAUAUGCGCUGCGUAUGCCAAUUAAUGGAUUCUGAGCAUAUCUGUUUAAGAAUAUUAAUAAAACCGAUAUAAGCCACGUAUAACUCACGAUACAGUUUGUAUAGAUCGGUAGUUAUAAGGUGGGCGAUUUGAAAUGUUAUUAUUUUGUUUUUGUUAUUCUGUAAUAACGUUGAUCGAGGAAUGAAAAUGUAAUAAAAAUUCUCUCUAAUCAAAUGAUUAUGAGUAAAGUCUCAUGUAUUAAUGUCCCUGGAAUCUAAAAUAAAUUCCAAGGUCACAUUAUUCAUUUGAAGAAGGAGCAAUUCCAACAUUCGGAUUCCAAAAUCGCGUUUCCAGUUAAUUGAUCAAACAUCAGGAGUCAAAUAAAAACAAAAAAUCGACACGAUGUCCAUAUUGAAUUACGCGUAGCGGACAUGCAUAAAAUAUGUCCACAGCAGAAUUAACUGCCUGUAAUUUUAUGUCGUUAUAUAUAAAUAUACUGCUGUAGCAACUUUUAGUGGUUAUAUGUAGUAGCUCCUAGUAUUUGUGUAAUACUAUUCAGUAAUUCUGUGAUACGUGCGAAAUUAACUAAUUGGGUGUUAUUCCUUUACAAGAGUUUUCUAUCUUUGGGUCACUUUGGACUUUUUAGUGUUAAUUUUUUGACUCUAUCUGUGUUAUCAGAGAUAAUGAAUUGGCAUUCUUAAUUAAGACUUCUUCAUUUUUUGCUUCAUUCUUCAUUUUUUGUCUUUAUUUUUCUCUGUACUUGUCUUUUUUAUGUUGUCCUUGUCACUUGUUUUUAUAUGUAUUUCUUGUCCUGUCCUUUGUCCGCAGUCAAUGAUGUAAAGAUACAAU